CAAAUGGCAGAGAAGAAAGGGGAAAAGCGGGAAGGACAAAGGGAUGAGGAGCACGCGAUAGGCAUUUGACACAGAUCAACUCAAGCGAGUUAUCCGCGUGUGAAUCACUGAGCCACCACUCUCCUUCCCAUCACCCACUGGUCUGGCUCCUUUGUUUUCCUCUGUCCUGUUCAUUGUUCUCGUUAGCUGAGUCUUUCUCUUCCUUACUUUGCCCAAAUAUCAUAAUCAAAACCGCCAACCGUGUUACCAGAGACUCAAACCACCUCCACCGCCGACGCCGACCGACGUGAAGUGUCUUAUACUCAUAAGCUCCUGCACAGAGAGAGAGAGAGGACAAUUCAUCAAAUUCAAACUGAGACAAAACCCUGACAAAUAAAUGAAAAUGAAAAUUUCCCAAAUCUGAAUGGAAGCCCUUUUCUCUCCGUACGGAUCAUCCUCUCACGCUUGUUUUCCGUUCCUCCGCUUCUCGCUCUAUUUUUCGCUGGGGGCUGAUAUUGAAAGGGCGUUCGCGGAGAGACAGAGUGGCGAUGGGAAGUUCGGGAUCUGGUGCGGUUGAUUGUGGUGUAGGACCGAUUGUUUGGGUGAGAAGGAGGAACGGCUCGUGGUGGCCGGGGAAGAUAAUGAGCCCUGAAGAGCUGGCAGAGUGUAAUCUAUCUUCUCCCCGGACAGGGACUCCGGUCAAGCUCCUUGGAAGAGAAGACGCUAGCGUGGACUGGUACAAUUUAGAAAAAUCUAAGCGUGUGAAGGCAUUUCGAUGUGGUGACUUUGAUGAUUGCAUUGAAAGAGCUGAAUCUGCACAGGGCAUGCGAAUAAAAAAGCGAGAGAAAUACGCACGUCGAGAAGAUGCAAUUCUUCAUGCACUUGAGCUUGAAAAACAGAUGAUGAAGAAACAAGGAAAAUUAAGUACAACCUCCGAUAACCAAAGAAGUAAGUUAUCUGGUCCAGCAAAGAAGGAUCUCGGUAUUGCUUCAGAGGGUUUGACAAAUAAUAGUGGAAUACCUGGAAAUGCCAAACUGAAUACAAGUAUCAAAGAUGAGAUUAUUGGCAUUCCUGCAAAAGCAAAGGAUGGAAAUCAGCCAAUCUCUGGAGAUGAUCAUUCUGAAGCAACACCACGGAUGAGAGGAUUACAGGAUUUGGGGCUCAGAACUGCUUCAAAGCGAAAGCUUCCAACAUCUAGUGAUUCUGAUGUUUGUAUGAAACCUAUGGGAGAUACUCACUUUCAAGUUCAUCCUGUUGAUGCCCCUAACAUGGAAAGAAGAAAUCAUGCAAAUGGAGCAGACGGUGUGGAGGUCAUUCAGGCAAAGAGGAGUCGAUGUGUUUACUCUCCAGCUGAUUCUAGUGAUUAUUUGGAUGAUAAAGAACUUCUUCCAAACCAGAUUAAGAUGUUGCCUUCCAAGUCUGAAGAUGAUGAUGACCAUCCUCAUCAUAGUUCCUUGAAAGAACAGAACUCUUCUUCUGGUUUUAUGGAAAAUCUUGAAUCUGACUCUUCUGGGACUGACUCUCUGCAAUCUGAGUCUGCUUCUUCUGAGACUGAACCUGAUGUGGCUGAUGGAAUGACUGUUUUACCAGGUACUAUUAUGCCUACAGAAGCUGAACAGAAUGCUUUGAGACAACCUGAAGUGCCAGAACAUGGAAGUAUAAGCAGCGAGGAUCCUGAUGAAUUGGCAUUUUCUGGUGAAAUUUCGCUUCUUUAUCCUGAUGAUCCUUUUCUUGCUAAUGCAGCAGUGUCCAAAUGGCGACUGAAAGGAAAAAGGAAUAUUCGGCACCUUACCAAAAAGUCUUCAGAUAGAGCUGACGAAAAAGUUUUAAAUGGUCCUCUUCAUGGAACCUACCAUAAGAUAAAUGGUAGCACUUUGGGUCAAAGGGGAUAUAGCUUUGAUGAUGCUGAUUUGGGCAGAAAAUAUAUUGGGAUGUAUAAUGAUCGUUCUUCAUAUGCAUCCAGGUAUGCAUUCAAAGGUAGAAAUAAUAUUGGUCAUAAUACUAUUGAUUGGAGGGACAUGGCUUGGGAGGAUCGACCUGCUUUUAAAGGACAUUUGGAAGACAGGGUGGAACACUUCAAUCCAAUAUUUUUUGGCCGUCAUUAUUAUGGUGGAAGGGCUAGAUCCAUGUUGGUAGAUGUGGAUUUAAAGGUUCAAGCAAGCUAUCAAAAAGCACCCGUUCCUAUUGUCUCUCUUACGAGCAAGUUAAACGGAAAGGCAAUUAUAGGACAUCCAAUCCAAAUUCAAGCGCUGGAAGAGGGUUCGUCAGAAACUCUUAUUUCUAUAAAUGAUUAUCAUGGCACUGAAGCAGUUGACCAUGAUGCAAACACUUCAAUUUCACCAGCUUGGAGGACUGCUCGAAGGACCAAUUAUAGGGUCCCACGCCCUCUUUUAUCAUCAGUGCUGGGUUCUGAGCAUCCUCAAUUCAUAGACCAAGAAGGAAGGCUGCCAUUUAGGAAGUUAAGUGUAGGGAAUUUCAGUCACAAGGCAACCUUGGUACGGAAGAGCUUUCCCCACACCUCUCGGCCUUCAAUGGAUAGGAAAUUCCAAAGAAAGCUGCAGAAGAAAGCAAGUUUAUCAUCUAACAAAAAAACAAGAACCUUAUCCUCAAUUGCAGUACAGCAGAGUUUCAGUAAGCCUUUGCAUUAUAGCAGUAUCAGUCAAAUGGGUGGGCUGCUUAAAUCUGAGACGACUAGGCCGACCACAGUUGCCUGUAUACCUGUCAAAUUAGUUUUCAGUAGGUUACUUGAGAAGAUCAAUAGACCGCCAUCAAAAGCCGCAUGUAAAGUGGUUAUAUCAAACGGAAAUGCAGAGAGACCACCAUCUUAGUUAACGUGUACAUAGCUAUAGGUGCAAUAAUUAUUGCUAAUUUCCUCCUAACAAAAGUAUUCUGCACCCAAACCAUUAUACAGUGGCAUUGUUGGGAUGUAGAUUCUGUUACCCACUUAUUGAACAUUAGGUGAAGCAGGUAACCAUGGGUGAAACUAUAUACAGGGAACAUGUUUGACAUAUGGUUGUUAUGAUGGUAAGGUUGUGAUGAUGGUAAAGUUGCUGAAAAAUUGGUGUGCAAAUUACUGAAGGAAAAACUUUGAUUUAGGCAGAAAAGAAGGUAAUCCCUCGUUAUCACAGGUAGAAGCAGGUAGUUUGAGAUUCAUAUAUAUGUAAAUUUUAUUUCCAUAUGAGUUGACGUUUUUAGGUUUUCUUUAAAAAAAGAAAGGUAUAGAGAGAUCUGGUACAGUAGGGAUCAAUGUAGACUUUCUUUUUUGAUUUAUAAUUUCGUUUGAUAAAUCAUCAGAUGGAGUGAUGAGCUACGGCCUCAUGCUUGGGCCAUUGUGCUGUUGUGAAAUAAGUACUCUCUGUAGUGAUAAUGUGGUGCACAAAGUGCAAAACUCAUAGAAAAAUUGCAAAUUACAUAUGAAGAAUUCAAAUUGUAGGUUA